CCUUGGAGACUGACAUUUCCCCCCCCAAAGACAUAGACAACAAAAGAAAUUGUAUUUAGAGCAAAACAAGAGUCCUUAAACGACAAGAUGUUUGCCAGAAUGCCCGAUCUCCACGUUCUGCUGGUAAUGGUUCUGGCGGGAAAGGCAGCCUUCGGGUUCUCCCUGAUGUCCUUGCUCGUAGACCCAGACCCAGAUUGGACCCCAGACCAAUAUGAGAACAGCCAGGAGUAUUACGACCAGGAAGAGAGCACCAGCAGCACUCUUGCCAACCCUGAGAAUCCUGACUGGUAUUACACAGAGGAUGAUCCAUGCCUUUCCAACCCCUGUGAACAUGAUGGGGACUGCCUCGUCAAUGGGAACACCUUCACGUGCAGCUGCCCAGCACCCUUCUCUGGAAACAGGUGUCAGAACGUGCAAAGCAAGUGCAAGAACAACUCCUGUGGCAGAGGUGAAUGUCUCAUUACUCAGAGUCCUCCCUACUACCACUGUGCCUGCAGAUACCCUUACACGGGUCAAGACUGCUCCACAGUGGUUCCUGUGUGCAAGCCAAAUCCUUGCCAAAAUGGUGGCACCUGCUCCCGGCAUAGGCGGAGAUCCAAGUUUAUCUGUACCUGUCCUGAUGGGUUCCAGGGGAGACUCUGUGAAAUAGGUUCUGAUGACUGCUAUGUUGGUGAUGGCUACUCUUACCGAGGGAAAAUGAGUAGGACAGUCAACCAGCACUUAUGCCUUUACUGGAACUCCCACCUCCUCUUGCAGGAGAAUUACAACAUGUUUAUGGAGAAUGCUGAGGUCCAUGGGAUUGGGGAGCACAACUUCUGCAGAAACCCCGAUGGAGACAAAAAGCCCUGGUGUUUCAUUAAAGUAAACCAUGGGAAAGUGAAAUGGGAAUACUGUGAUAUCUCAGCCUGCUCAGCCUUAGAUGUUGCCGGCCCCAAGGAAGACCCCACAGAGCCCCUGACCACGUUUUCACAGUUCGGCUCGUGUGGGAGGACCGAGACAGCAGGGAGGAAGGCCAAGAGGAUCUAUGGGGGCUUUAAGAGCACGGCGGGCAAGCACCCUUGGCAGGCGUCCCUGCAGACCUUGUUGCGGCAGACCGUCUCCAUGCCCCAGGGCCACUACUGUGGGGGAGCGCUGAUCCACCCCUGCUGGGUGCUCACUGCCGCCCACUGCACUGACAUAAAAACCAGGCAUCUAAAAGUGGUGCUAGGGGACCAGGACCUGAAGAAGACAGAAUCCCAUGAGCAGAGCUUUGGAGUGGAGAAGAUAUUCAAGUACAGCCACUAUAACGAAAGAGAUGAGAUUCCCCACAAUGAUAUUGCUUUGCUCAAGUUAAAGCCAGUGGAUGGUCACUGCGCCCUGGAGUCCAAAUACGUGAAGACUGUAUGUCUGCCCGAUGACCCCUUUCCCUCUGGGACUGAGUGUCACAUCUCUGGCUGGGGUGUUACAGAAACAGGGGAAGGGUCCCGCCAGCUCCUGGAUGCCAAAGUCAAGCUGAUCGCCAAUACGUUGUGCAACUCCCGCCGACUCUACGACCACAUGAUCGAUGACAGUAUGAUUUGUGCAGGAAACCUUCAGAAGCCUGGGCAAGACUCCUGCCAGGGUGACUCUGGAGGCCCUCUGACCUGUGAGAAGAAUGGCACCUACUAUGUCUAUGGGAUAGUGAGCUGGGGCCUGGAAUGUGGGAAGAAGCCAGGGGUCUACACUCAAGUUACCAAAUUCCUGAAUUGGAUCAAAGCCACCAUGCAAAGGGAGGCUAGUUUCUAAGAUGUCUUCCGAACCUCAGAGCUUGUGUUCCACAGCACCCAGACAAGGCGAGGCCUCGCGGGCAGCAAAGGACACCCUUGGAGCCCCCAGGAGGCCAUGCAGCGGAGUGUCCAUGCUCUAAGGAGAGAAAACAGCUGCCCAGCCUGGGGCGUCCUGGACCAGCAUUUCCACCAUUUCAUCAGGCUCCCUCCUGGGUAACCCAAGAAACGGUAGAAUCAACCCAAAAUAUAUUAUGUUUGCUUCCCUUCGAACAAGUGUACCUUCUAGAAAAAUCAGUGUUCACAGACUGCCUUCACCUUGGACAUUUGUAAAUGCAGGAUUUCAGAACGCCCAGCUUGGGUGGGAGUCACUUUACAUCUUUAUUCCUCCUCCCAGACACCCAAGGUACGCAACAGAACCAGCCACCCACUUCUCAGUAUUAGAUAGAGGACCAAAAAUACAACAUUCUCCAUCUGCUUUCA